CACCUAGUUCGUCAAUCCCCAAUGAAACAAGACCGAUCCCAGCACCUAUGACAGGAGGCAACGUUGGUAUCUUUGAGGCGGUUUUCGGUCGACCUCGCGCAAACAUCAAUCGUCCUCCUGUCCCGCCCAUACUUAUAGACGUUCAUAAUAAUCCUUGGGAUAGGAUCAUAGCCCGAGGAGUUGGUGCUGUGGAAAACAAUCAUGAUAUGGCAAUAAAUGCUCCUGAUGGUACUUUCAUACCACAUCGCCGUCUUAAUCGCUAUCCGGCUGCACUCUUAGAUAGACCAGGACCCCUCCAGGAUAUAGCUGGGCGGGAAGAUGAAAGACAACCAAAUGUUCCAUAUCUCGCUCAACCACCAGCAAGUAUAGAAGAGAGACGGGAGAGAAUCCGAAGACGGUUGAUCCGGCACCAGCCGGCAACAGAAAAUCGAGUGAUCGUUCGAACGAAUCAAACCGGAGCCCAACUCUGGAAGCAACCCCCCCGUAACGUGUUCCGGCGUCCACCUCCUUCACCUGGUCGACCCGGCCCCGCUCUCAAUAACUGGAACGAGCUCAAUGGAAACUCCUCGCCACGAGCCAGUGAAAUUCGGGGAAGGCCACUCCCCGUCACUUCACAUUUACAAAAUCCAUCAACUAUUAGUCAGCCGAACGAAACGAGGCGUCGAAGACCUGGUGGGACUUUUGAUCUGACAAGUGAACAGGAAGGCGAUCAAAGGAAUCGUUUCUGGGAUCAUCUUCCGCGUCUGGGAGAGGCAGGUCCGGUAUGUAUAACUGUAGUAACUAAAUACUAUAAGCUAAAUAUUGCGCAAACUUACUAG